AUGCUGGUCUUUGCUGUCACCUUCUUCGUCAGUAAUUAUGAUGAUAGUACAUUCAUCCCCUCCCUUCUACGCCUGGCGGUCGAGACGACAAAGCCCUGGCAAGAUUUUGACCUCUUGGCUGCGGUAAUCGACGGAAUACCGCAAACAUGGUCAACCGCACCUUACAGACUACGAGGUAGCCAUUCUGCAGAUGUGGAUUCUGUACCUAAAACUCGAAUGGAACGUGGAUUCGAAGGAAUCUCUGUGGCCGUACUUGAUUCCGAAACUGCCGCCCCUGAUCUUUGGUCACCCAAGGAUAUGUUCGAUGAACGAGAAACGAUGACGAUCCAGCAACGGUGUACAUUGUCCUUCUCACUUCCUCCGAGCCCUGGCGUGCGCACCCAACUCUCUGAAAACUCAGCCUCCCAGCCUUUGGUAAAGCGGAUAUUACAAUUGCCUGUGACUAACACUCUUUUCCAGAAUGGGAAAACGUCCACUCUCUUCUCACAAAGGUGGAAUGUACAACGCAGCGAAGAAUCUAUCUCGGAACAUGUGUGCAGUAAGAAGACCUGGUUACCACAGCAGAUCGUUCAAAUGGGCGCUGUCUUUGCAGAUGAGGGCAUGCGACUCCAACUUGACCAUCUCGUACAUUCGCUUCUGAUGCCCAUUACUCCAGCUAGGACCAUUACAGCUGCUGUCGGUAACAUUGUUCGCAAGAUCAGUGGGGGCGAUGCCUUGGCCGAAGCUGCGCCUGCAUCAGAAGAAUUGGAAAGAGCGAUAUCCACUGCCAUCCAGCAAGGCCAGAUACCCGCUCAGCAAGCUGGUGUCUGGGCGCUCAUUAGACCUCAAAGGUAUGCCGCGUUGGACCGGGCUGCUCAAAUUCAAGGCACCGUGCGUGAAAGAAUCCAGUAUGCCGUCCUGUCCGGAGGUCGACUUCACAAAGUGCUCAGUGGCGGAGGUGGUUGGGGUGAGAAGCACGGUCUUUUGGCCUUGGAUCCAGACUCAGAUUACAGCCACCAUCAUCGAGCACUUGAGCCAUCGUUUGGAGACGAUCAGGACGUUGAAACGAGAAAACGUGAAGCUCUCGGAGAAGUUGCAAAGCCGGGAGAUACCAUUACGUUCUAUGUGUACAAGUCGCUUUCAGAUGCUGAUCCUGCUAACCUUGAUACACCUGUGUUCUCGAACAGCAAUCAAGCUGCUGCUGCGACUCUCAUCUUUGGCUCUCUGCCGUCGACCAUGGAUGCCAUGCCAGUACUUGACACUACCGAGGUUGAGGCCCACGCUCAAUCUGAAUUAACGGUGGAGGAAAAUCAUUUUGGCAUGCUCUCGGAGCAAGGCAUGAGCUUAGAGACUUCGUUCAUCAAUACGAAUAUCACCGCGAACAGGAUGCAGUAUCUGAAGACCGAAUUGUAUAGACAAGCCUAUGAAGUCCGCCGCAAGAACACAGUAACCACGAAACUGGAUGCUCCUUACACGCUCCUCUCGAUACGAGGGCAAGCUUCGAAAGUCCCAGUCAGCGGCGAAGUCAAGGGGGAAGAACUUCAGGCUCCCAAUGUGCGUCUACAAGAUCUGAUGCCACAAGAGCCGUCGACGCCAACCAGUACAAGCAAAUAUAAUACCGCACUGGUCCAGAAAGUUCCCAAACUACGCGAUCAGAAACAAGAAGUUCAACGAUUAAUAGGACCAGGGUUUAUGCAAGCUAAGUUGAAUAGUAGAAGAAUUGCGGAGGCGAAAUUUCAAAGUGAGCGAUACCCAAAGAUUUCCGAAAACGUCGCGAGGAAGAUUGCGAAAAAAGCAGCGAAAAAAGCAGUGAACAAUCGCAAUAAGGGUAAGACAGACGACGGUACUAGAUUCACGGUCAGAUUCACAUCCCAGGAACAAAAACCUUCUCGUCAAGUGAUUUUACAACCAGAGGCGCAAGACGCACCAGGUCCAAUCACAAUAAAGCGACACUUCUCCCUUGGCCCAGGCAACGACUAUCAAAGGCACGGGGCAACCCCAGAACAAAAACCCGAAAUGAAAACCGAACCAAUAUCUGCGAGCAAACCAUUCGCUGACGACGUUAAGUACAGAAACCAGCAGCUCCAGUCUCAAGGCUCGGUACCAAUAAUCAGGGAGGAAAGUGAAGGCAAAGACCCGGGUACCGCUUGUAAAGGCAAAUAUGGCAACGUCUUUAUGCUCAGGAAACACGCCACGAUGAAUCCAUUUGAGAGGCUACAAGCAAUUCAGCAAGUAGGAGAGAUAACAUCCAGAGACCAAGCGAUGGGGCUCCACAGCCAGUAUCAUUUACCACUUUUCGAUGAACAGCAGGAAGGUGUGUGA